AUGGCACACCUCGAGACACCGGCCACCAAGCUGGUCGACUUCAACCAGAAGAGCUUGCUCCGUACGUCUGAAGCACCCAUGAUCGCACUCAUACUGGGCUAUCGCCAUACUGACAACUGCCUCCCCAAAGUCUCGGCCUGCGCUAUUGCCUUCAACCCUCUAUUCUGGAACAUUGUAGCCCGGCAAGAAUACCGCAACAAGGUGCUCACGAAGCUCUUCGGCGGGCGAUCGCAGACGGCGUGCUACGCGCUCGCGGGCACCAUCUUCUCGCUCGGCCUCGUGCGCGACCUCCUCUACGAGCGCGCGCUGCGCCAGCAGCCGACGUACCCGCUGCUCGAGACGACCGAGGCCAAGUGGCUGGCGUACGCGCUGAUCGCCAGCGGCAACAUCCUAGUGCUGUCGUCGACGUGGGCGCUGGGCAUCACGGGCACGUUCCUGGGCGACUACUUCGGCAUCCUGAUGGACGACAUCGUCACGGGCUUCCCAUUUAAUAUCACCGACGCGCCCAUGUACAACGGCUCGACCUGCAGCUUCCUAGGCACGGCGCUGCUGUUCGGCAAGCCCGCCGGCAUCCUGCUGACGGCCUGGGUGUUUGUGGUGUACCAGAUCGCGCUCAAGUAUGAGAACCCGUUCACGGCUGGAAUCUAUGCCAAGAGAGAACGAGAGCGCGCCGCUGCGAAGGGUGGUGAUAAGAAAUCGCGAUGA